GAUUCAUUGAUCAUUUCAGCAUUUUGAAACAUAUCAAACAUAUCAAAUCAAAUGAUAUCAAUCAUUUUCAUAUUAUUAAAAUUACCGAAACCAUACAUAUCAAGAUGCAGAAUAAUGAUGCCUCUUUUACUUCCACUUCAUCUUCAUCUCAACACCAUCAUCAACAACAACAACAACAACAGCCACAACAACAAUGGUCAUCAUUUUCACGUCCAAUGUCAAGUCAAGCAAUGACAAAACGUGAUCGUUAUCAAUAUAGCCCGUCCAUGUCAUUAUCGGCAAGUACAUCACCACAGCCACAAUUAUCACCAUCAAAUAAACAACCAUCACCAAUAAUGAUGAUGAUGAUGAUGAAUAAAUCACCAUCAACAUCAGCAGCAACAAUAACAACAAAUAAUAUUGCUGCACGUAGCCCGACAGAUCAAUUAUUAGCCAAUUAUCAAUGUGGUACAUUGAAUGCAAGUACACCACCAUUAUCACGAAGACGAAGACAUUCAAAAUUACAUUUACGUAUUGCAUCCGAAUUAAGUGUUGAUCAAAGUGAAAGUAAUUCAAAUACAAUAUCAAAUAUUAGACAAGAAUCUAAUAGUUCGGUACAGAAUCUUAAUCAAAUUAAUAAUAAUAGUAAUGUAAGACCAAUGAAAGAAAGAUAUAGAAUUGUUAUAUUAGGAUCAAGUGCUGUUGGUAAAACAGCAAUUGUUGAAAGAUUUUUAUAUGGUCUUUUUUCUGAACGUCAUUGUGCAACGGUUGAAGAAUUACAUAAAGGUGAAUAUGAAAUACCAGGUGGUGGAUGUAUACCAUUAGAAAUUCUUGAUACAAGCGGAUCAUUUGAAUUUCCAGCCAUGCGAAGAUUGGCCAUUUCUACAGGAGAUGCAUUUGCAUUAGUCUAUUCAAUCGAUGAUCAAUCAUCAUUUGAAGAGAUAAAAAAUAUUCGUGAAAUGAUUAAAGAGAUUAAAGGUAAUCAACAACCAAUGCCACCGAUUGUUGUUGUUGGUAAUAAAGCUGAUCUUGAUGAUGAUGAUGAUGAUGUUGAUGUUGAUGAGAAUAAUGAUGAUGAUGAUGAUGAUAAUGAUGUUGAUCAUAAUAAUGAUAAUCAGAAUGAUGAACAGGAUCGACAGAAAAAAAUCACUAAACAAACAACAAAACGACGACAAGUUAAAAUGGAAAUGGCCGAAUGUGAAUGUAUUGAUUGGGAACAUGGUUUUGUUGAAUGUUCAGCUAAAAUGAAUAAAAAUAUUGUGAAUAUUUUUUCCUGUAUGUUAAUACAGGCACGUUUAAAUGGAACAUUAAAUGUUUUACCAAAAUAUAGCUCAAAAGGUCAUCAUCAUCAUCAUCAUCAUAAUCAUCCACAUAUCCAAGAUCAUCAUCAACAACAACAACAACAACAAGGAUCUGGUAAUCGUUUUCAACAAAGACGACGAUCAAGUUUACCAAUAAGUGAAUUAUUUCAUCGAUCAUCAUCAUCAUCAUCAACAACAUCAAGAUCGAUAAGUGGACAUGGAAAUUCAUCAUCAUUUACAAAGAAUAGUUGUACACCUUCUUAAAUCACCUAAUAUUUGUUUGUUUGUUUGUUUUUUCUUUGAUCACCAUCCAUUUUGUGAAGCAAUAGAAUUGAUAAAAAAAAACAGCAAUUGCAAUACACAUCACUCUACAUAUCAAUCGAUGUUUCUAGUCAUUUUUUUUUGAUUAACACUAAUUAACUUCAUUUUUUUUUCUUCUAAAUCUAAUGCCAAUCCGAACCAACCAACCCCGAAUGAAAAUAAGC